GGUUACCCGAGUUUUCGGCUAGGCUUGCCGCCUGCACGCUCUUGUAGAACUUCGCGCGUCAGUUAUUUUGCUUGUAAAUUUCAUGCGCUAACUUGACAAAAUGGGUGCUUAUUUAUCUCAGCCUGUUACUGAAAAAAUAUCUAGUGAUGAAGUAAACGAAAAACUAGAAUGUGGCGCCAGCUCCAUGCAAGGUUGGCGUGUCAAUCAAGAGGAUGCUCACAACACAAUUCUUGAUUUUGACGAAAAUACAUCUUUGUUCGCUGUUUAUGACGGUCACGGUGGCGCCGAAGUAGCUACAUACUGUUCUCAAAACUUACCAAAUUUUAUAAAGAAUACCGAUGCAUACAAAAAUGGAGACAUGAAUAAGGCAUUAACAGACGCUUUUCUAGGAUUUGAUGCCACCAUUGCAACGAAAGAGGUUAUGGAGAUACUAAAAGAGUUAGCAGGUGAAAUUAAUCCUCCAGGCCCCAGUGACAAUGAAGAAUCAGAUGAUGAAAAUAUCAGCAAUUUAUACAAAGAUGCAGGACUGCCUCUUCAGGAGGUGUUGGCCAAAUAUGAAAAUAAAUGGAGUGCUCUCCAUCGUACAAGACUUGGAGAUACAGCUACUCCGCUGUCACCAUGUUUACGAGCAAAGAAAAACUUUGAUGAAGAUGAAGGUUCAGGUGCUGGAGCAUCAAGUUCUAGUGCAGAAAUCAAAUUUGUUGCGGGGUCAAGUUCAGAAAAAAAUGAAGAUGAAGCUACUUCCAGUAUAAAUGGACUAUCAAAAAUAGAUAAAUCCGAUGAAGAUACUGGUGGCGUCUCCUCAUCAAAUUGUAAUGAUGACAAGGAAGUGAAUGGAGUGGUAUCAACAAGUGAAGAGAACGAAAUAGCGGCCACAUCAAUGGAGGUGGAUAAAGUAAAUACACCAGAUAGUUCUGGGGAGAAUUGUAAUCACCCAGAACAAAGCGCCGACUCGAAAAGCACAUCUGAAGUUUGCAAUGGUGAAGUGACAAAUUCAAAAAUUGAUGGCGAAAACAAUAUCAGUUCCUCAAAUGGAUCAGCAACACCUGUUAAAUCUGAUGUAACCAAAGUGUCGAGUUCAGAAAAAGCUCCAGAGAGACCAAAGAAAUCAAAACUAAGACGUGCUGCAGUAGCAAUGUAUGAGUCAUUAUUGAGGCGGGGUUUGACAGUUGAUGAAGAAGAUGAUGAUGAAAGUGACUCUAAUGAUGAAACUUUUGAAGGAGGCGAGGUGGAUUCAUCAGACGAAGAACGUGUCAAUGGUGUUGUCGAAUCUUCAAAUGAUGAAGCAGAUGAAGAUGAUGAUGAUGACGAUGAUGAUGCAGAAUCAAGUGGUGAUGAGAGGGAGGAAGAUACAAACUUGGUAGAGGAACCUGGAAGUGAUAGUGGCUGUACUGCAGUUGUAGCAUUACUUAAAGGUAAUGAACUAUAUGUUGCUAAUGCUGGUGACUCUCGCUGCAUUAUAUGUAGAGAAGGUAAAGCAAUAGACAUGUCAAUAGACCACAAACCUGAAGACAGUCCAGAACUUGAAAGGAUAACUAAAGCUGGCGGCAAAGUAUCAAGUGAUGGACGCAUUAAUGGUGGCCUUAACCUGUCUCGAGCUAUCGGAGAUCAUUCAUACAAACAAAAUAAGGAACUGAAUGCUAAGGAGCAAAUGAUUACAGCCUUACCAGAUGUAAAAACAUUACAGCUAGAACCGGAAAAGGAUCAGUUUAUGGUGUUGGCAUGUGAUGGAAUAUGGAAUUUUAUGUCUAGUCAGGAUGUAUGCGAUUUUAUCCUUCCCCGAUUGGCUGAAGGAAGGGACAGGUUAUCACAAAUAUGUGAAGAGAUGUUUGACCAUUGCCUGGCACCUAGUACAAUGGGUGAUGGUACUGGCUGUGACAACAUGACCGCUAUUAUAGUGAGGUUCAAAGAUGGAGUUAUCGGUGAUGUUGGACAGUACACAACUGAAUCAAAGAAACGCACAGCAGAAGAUGAACCCAAUGAUGACCAGCAAGACUCAAAAAGGCCACGAAUUGAUGAUUCUUUAUCAAGUUCGAUUGUGACUUCGAGUGUUUAAUCACUAUUAUAAGUAUACAGUGUUAAAAUGAUGCAGACUACUGUAAAUUAUAGACAUUGAAAUUAAUCCCAGAACUAUUACUAUUUGUUUAUGUUUCAUUUGAUUUCUAUUUAUACUUUACAUAUCUACAGCGUACACACCUCGCUACUCAUGUUUGGUAUUUAUCAAAAAGUGUUUGUUUAUUAUAGAGUGCUAAUAGUUCACUAGGAUUCUUACUAUGUGGCCUUGGUGUGCCAUUGCUUAUUUAUUGAAUAUUGGUGAAAUAAUGCCAAAUGUUUAAUUUUCUAUACUGAAAUUAAUUUGUCUUGAAAUAUUUAGAGUCAUUCCAUAAAAUAAAAAUUUUGGUUUCUUACAAUACAUAAAAAUGUUUGGAUUUUUUAUAAAAAAUGUGCAACAUAUUUUUUAUAAAGACUAAUUAUAGUGUUGUUAAGGAUAAAUUCAUAAAUUAAUUUUGAUACCAAUCAAUAAGACUAAGCUAAAUUCAAAAAUGCAUAGAUGUAAGUUUUAUUGAUACAUUUAUUUAUAAUUGUGAUGCUUUUCACAUUCAAUUGUUUGUAUAGUUCUGUAGUGUUUCUGAUGCGAUUAUUUCCUGGAUACCAACUUGUAUGUCACUGGUUUUUUUUUCAGUAAGAAUUUUCUGUAAAGUUAGCUCAGUGAAAUGAAAUAGCUAGCCCUUUAUAAAUUAAUAUUGAACUGACUGGAUGAUAGUAAUUAAGGAAUAAGUGUACUGUAAGCUUAUGGUACUAGUAUUAAGGUUAGACUUUAUGUUAAACACGGAUAACAAUUGUUCUGGGGGGUAUUCUAUAAAUCAUGUUUUAUUUCUUGGUUUUUCUCUUAUCUAGUUGACUAUAUAGUUUCACUGCUUUGACUCUGAGUUGAAGUUUUAUUGAAAUGAAUUUAUUCAAUAACUAAAAAUGUCUUCUGGUUUUGGUAAGUUUGGAAUGUUCCUAAAAUAAAAAUUUUUGAACCAAUGGUUAACUGAAAAUUUAAAUAUUGUUAAUGUAUUCUUAUCUGGACACAUGAUAGUGAGGGUAGUGAUAUAUUUUGACGUGCUUGAACUUGCAAAGGAAAAACGUAUAACUUUAUAUAAAAAUAUGGUUGCAUCUAUUGUUUUAUAUCACAUUGAUUCCUGUGUAGUUUCAGAAUUUUAAGUUCAGUGACAUAUUGACAUUUCAAGUGUGAAUUAAUUUUUAAAAAUACAUUUUCUACAGAAUA